UAGAAGAAGAAGAAAACGUAAAAAAAAAAAAAAUCUAAAGAAGAAGAAAAACGAGUACAAACAACUGAAAUAUAUAUUUCUUUAAUCAUCUCGUCUGGAGAGAUAAUAAACGAUGAUGGACAGCUUCCCUCUAGAUUCAAUUCCGAAUCGUCUUCUCAGAACCCCUUAGUCUCUUUCCCUCUGAUCCUCGACGAUCCUCCUUAAAAACGACGCCGCAUCUCACUCUCCGGCGGCUCCAAUCAUGGCUGAUAGGAGAAACAGGUGUAACCAAGUCCUGCUUCUAGCGUAUCAGAGCUUUGGCUUAGUCUUUGGAGAUUUGAGUAUCUCUCCUCUCUACGUCUACAAAUGCACUUUCUACGGAGGGUUGAGACACCACCAAACCGAAGAUACCAUCUUCGGCGCGUUCUCUUUGAUAUUUUGGACCAUCACUCUCCUUUCACUCGUCAAGUACAUGGUCUUUGUAUUAAGUGCUGAUGACAAUGGUGAAGGAGGGAUCUUUGCUUUGUACGCUUUGCUCUGCAGGCACGCGAGAUUCUCUUUGCUUCCGAACCAGCAAGCGGCUGAUGAAGAAAUCUCCACCUACUAUGGCUCUGGUGAUGCUACUAGAAACUUGCCUAGCUCUGCUUUCAAAAGCCUUAUAGAGCGGAAUAAAAGAUCCAAGACAGCUUUGCUUAUCUUAGUCUUGGUGGGAACUUCCAUGGUCAUUACCAUUGGUGUCCUUACACCAGCAAUUUCAGUCUCUUCGUCUAUUGAUGGCCUUGUGGCGAAAACAAGUCUGAAGCACAGUAAGUCAUAUCUUUCACGCUUAUGUGUAUACAUUACGUUAUUGUUAUUUAUUUUUCUUUACCAUUGUGUUGCUUGCCUAGGUACUGUGGUUAUGAUAGCAUGCGCUUUGCUGGUUGGACUUUUCGUUCUGCAGCACCGUGGCACAAAUAAAGUCGCCUUUUUAUUUGCACCCAUAAUGAUUUUGUGGUUGCUGUCGAUUGCAACUGUUGGCGUGUACAAUAUCGUGACUUGGAACCCUAGUGUAUACAAAGCUUUAUCUCCCUACUAUAUUUAUGUAUUCUUUAGAGACACGGGUGUAGAUGGAUGGUUAUCCCUUGGAGGGAUUCUUUUAUGCAUCACAGGAACGGAGGCUAUCUUUGCUGAACUUGGCCAGUUUACAGCUACAUCUAUACGGUUUGCGUUCUGUUGUGUUGUUUACCCGUGUCUGGUGCUUCAAUACAUGGGCCAAGCUGCGUUUCUAUCAAAGAACUUUUCUGCUCUACCUACAAGCUUUUACGAUUCCAUUCCAGAUCCAUUUUUCUGGCCUGUUCUGAUGAUGGCUAUGCUGGCUGCAAUGGUCGCAAGCCAAGCAGUCAUAUUUGCUACGUUCUCGAUUGUCAAACAAUGCUAUGCAUUGGGAUGCUUCCCGCGGGUGAAGAUUGUUCACAAACCAAGAUGGGUUCUUGGCCAGAUCUACAUUCCUGAGAUCAACUGGGUUGUCAUGAUCCUCACCCUCACUGUCACCAUUUUCUUCCAAGACACUCGACACAUAGCUUUCGCUUUCGGGCUCGCCUGCAUGACACUAGCCUUUGUGACAACUUGGUUGAUGCCUCUCAUCAUCAACUUCGUCUGGAACCGUAAUAUCGUCUUCUCCGUCCUCUUCAUCCUCUUCUUCGGGACCAUAGAACUCGUCUUCUUUGCAUCAGCCUUAGCCAAAAUCCCUAAAGGAGGCUGGAUCACUCUCCUCCUUUCCCUCUUCUUCACCUGCAUCACAUACGUAUGGCACUACGGCAGCAGAAAGAAGUACCUAUGCGACCAGCACAACAAGGUCCCCAUGAAAUCAAUCCUAAGCCUCGGCCCGAGCCUUGGGAUCAUCAAAGUCCCCGGGAUGGGUCUUAUCUACACAGAGCUCGCCAGCGGGGUUCCCGCCACAUUCACUCACUUCCUCACAAACUUGCCAGCAUUCUACCAAGUUGUCGUCUUUGUCUGCUGCAAAACUGUCCCCAUCCCUUAUGUACCGCAGAAAGAACGCUACCUUAUCGGCAGGAUCGGACCAAAAACAUACAGGAUGUACCGAUGCAUUAUCAGAGCAGGCUACAAAGACGUGAACAAGGACGGAGACGAUUUUGAAGAUGAGCUAGUGAUGAGCAUAGCCGAGUUUAUCCAGCUGGAAUCCGAAGGCUACGGCGGAUCAAACACUGACCGGUCCAUCGACGGUCGCCUGGCUGUCGUGAAAGCCUCAAACAAGUUCGGGACAAGGCUGUCUCGGUCUAUAUCCGAGGCCAACAUCGCAGGCAGCUCGAGAUCACAGACCACAGUAACAAACAGCAAGUCGCCCGUUCUGCUGAGGCUGAGAGCAGAGUAUGAGCAAGAGCUUCCAAGGCUGAGCAUGAGGAGGAUGUUUCAGUUCAGACCGAUGGACACUAAGUUCAGACAACCACAGGUGAAAGAGGAGCUGUUUGAUCUGGUGAAUGCUAAGGACGCGGAAGUGGCGUACAUUGUUGGGCACGGUCACGUGAAGGCGAAGAGGAACUCGGUGUUUGUGAAACGGCUGGUGGUGAACGUGGCUUACUCGUUCUUGAGGAAGAAUUGCAGGAGCCCAGCUGUGAUGUUGAAUAUUCCUCAUAUUUGUUUGAUUAAGGUGGGCAUGAACUAUUACUUGUGAGUGAUUUUACAAAGAGUAUCUGUCUAUUGCUAAAAUGUCUGUGAGGUUUUGUUGUUUUGUUUGAUGGUUCGAGUUUCACGAAUAUGGUGGAUAUUGUGAAACCAAUACGUUUUUCUUUUGUAAUAAGAAUAUAUUUUUUUCA